AUGCCCCGCUGCGUCCCUUGCGAGCGAGACUUUCAAGAUGAAGUCGCGCUGAAUCAACACCAGAUGUACAGCUUAAAUCACAAGAAUAAACCCGCACGUCAAAUACGUAGCCAAAAACCUGCCAACGAGGGUAUCCCCAAGGAUUACAACAGUACUGAUGGCUAUGCCAGAAGGACGCAAGCACGACCAAGGCCCUCAUACGAUUCAGCACCGCACUCGGUCCAGCCUGAGGUACCAAAAUAUAUCUGUGGACACUGCGAUAGUAACUUCAAAAGCAAGCGCGAUCUAGAACAACAUUCCUGUAACACCCGUAAGGGAGGCUUCUCUGGCUCAGAAAGUCUCACACAGCAUGAAUCAACUCAGAUUGAGCAUAAAUUCCCAUGUGCUUUCUGUUACCCACCCUGCGGCCGCAAAUUUGAGACGCUAGAAGCUUUGGAUAUACAUUCUAGGGCCGUCGAAGAAAAAAAUGAGAUGAAUAUCGCUCGCCGUACUAAGAACAAGUGGUCGAUUAUACAAGAGACGCCGGAAGCUAUCGAAAAGUUGCGAACAAUGAUUCAUAGCAAAGAAUUGCUGGAAAAAUCUGGCUAUAAGUUGGAGCCACUUACUGAGGAAAGCAUCAGUGAUCAGAGAAAAUGCGUCAAUUGUCAUGAAAAACGCUUCAAAUCGAGGGCCAGAUUAAACACUACUUGUAGGUUUCACCCAAAGAAGCCAACGAAGAAGUUUAAUAGAAGCACGGGAGACAGAGAAAUAUUGUUUCCUUGCUGUGGCCAACUCGAAGGCCCUGAUUGCGAAAAAUGUGUUGUCAACGACCAGCACAUCUACGAGGAUUUCGAUACGUUCGCCGAAAAAUUGACAUUCGUGAAGACGCCCGCACCCCUCCCCGGUAUACAGAAGCGGAGGGCAGUGGCUCUAGACUGUGAAAUGGGGACUUCCUACACAAACAGCAGCGAGCUCAUCCAACUUAGCGUAGUUGACUAUUUCACUGGUGAAUCAUUGAUCGACAUGCUCGUCCGUCCGAAAGUUCAGUUGCGAAGCUUCAAUACCCGGUACAGUGGAGUUACCCGUGAAAUGAUGGCGCAAGCUAUAGCAACCGGGGAGUACUUGAAUGGGGUUGAAGGUGCCAGGAAUGAACUUUGGAAAUGGAUUGACAGCACAACAAUCCUUAUUGGACAUUCUCUUCAUUGCGACUUGCGCGAACUACGUCUCGCCCACCCUUUGAUCGUUGAUUCUCUUCUAUGUGUGCCCAAAAUCAACGCUUCAGGAAAUGGUUUGAAGACCCUCAUGAAGGAACUUUUGGGGCAAAAAGUUCAAGAUUCGAAAUCGGGACAUGAUUGCGUGGAGGAUGCACUUGCGUCUCGUGAACUGGUAAUCUGGUGUAUUCAAAACGAGGACCUUGUUGCAGAGAGGGCAAUUAUUUCUCAAAGGGAAGAGGAGAUAAGACGUCAAGAGCGGGAAGCUAACAACAUCCUAAAAGAGGAAAGGCUGCGUCUCAAGCUCGAACAGGAGCAGUUCGAUGGUGGUUUAGAGUCAUCUAAUAGCUCUUCGGCACCUAUCCCUAGAGUAGGAGAAAUUAUGGAGCAUGAUUUCUCGUACAUGCGCGACGAAUAUUACUCACAAGGUUCAAAUUCGUGGUAG